UAAAAAUCUGACUCGAAAGCUCCGAUAGUGCAGCGAAACGGAGACGGUGAACUUGUGAAGUGUCCCCCCAUAUAAGGCAAUUGUGACCCGUUCGUCCAACAACACCACCUUCCCUCCCAUUUUCCCCCCCCCAAUCCCCACUCAAUUCACAUCACAAUGGCCUCCCGCAGCUUCUCCCGGGCUCUGCGCUCCCCAAUGGCGCGCCAAUUGGCGUCGCCCGCCGUCCAGAGGCGCACGUUCGUCGCCGCCGCAGGCCUGGUGCGUGCUUCGGCCGUCGCUGCCUCGCAGGCUGCCGCUCCUGCCCGGCAGCAGGUGCGUGGUGUCAAGACCAUCGACUUUGCUGGCUCAAAGGAGGAGGUCUAUGAGCGUGCCGACUGGCCUAAUGAGAAGCUCUUGGAGUACUUCAAGAACGACACCCUCGCCCUCAUCGGCUACGGCUCGCAGGGCCACGGCCAGGGCCUCAACCUCCGUGACAACGGCCUCAACGUCAUCAUCGGCGUGCGCAAGAAUGGCAAGUCGUGGCAGGAUGCCAUCCAGGACGGCUGGGUCCCCGGCAAGAACCUCUUCGAGGUCGACGAGGCCAUCUCCAAGGGCACCAUCAUCAUGAACCUGCUCAGCGACGCCGCGCAGAGCGAGACCUGGCCCGCCAUCAAGCCCCAGAUCACCAAGGGCAAGACUCUCUACUUCUCCCACGGCUUCUCGCCCGUGUUCAAGGACCUCACCAAGGUCGAUGUUCCGGCGGACGUCGAUGUCAUCCUCUGCGCUCCCAAGGGCUCCGGCCGCACUGUCCGGUCGCUCUUCCGUGAGGGCCGUGGCAUCAACUCGUCUUUCGCGGUGUACCAGGACGUGACGGGCAAGGCCAAGGAGAAGGCCAUCGCCAUGGGUGUCGCCAUCGGCUCGGGCUACCUGUACGAGACGACGUUCGAGAAGGAGGUCUACUCGGACCUGUACGGCGAGCGCGGCUGCCUGAUGGGUGGCAUCCACGGCAUGUUCUUGGCGCAGUACGAGGUGCUCCGUGAGCGCGGCCACAGCCCCAGCGAGGCGUUCAAUGAGACGGUCGAGGAGGCGACGCAGUCGCUGUACCCGCUCAUUGGCGCCAACGGCAUGGACUGGAUGUACGAGGCGUGCUCGACGACGGCGCGGCGCGGCGCCAUCGACUGGACGCCGCGGUUCAAGGACGCGCUCAAGCCCGUCUUCAACCAGCUGUACGACUCGGUCAAGAACGGCGAGGAGACCAAGCGCUCGCUCGAGUACAACUCGCAGCCCGACUACCGUGAGAGGUACGAGGCCGAGAUGGAGGAGAUCCGCAACCUGGAGAUCUGGCGGGCGGGCAAGGCCGUUCGUUCUCUGCGGCCCGAGAACCAGAAGUAAAGUGGUGGCGUUGUGGGCUGGCGUGUUUCUUUGCUCGGGAACAGGUUGAUACUCUGGCUUAUGGGACGGGUGGGCUGUCGCCCCGCUUCGGGAUUGAGAUACCUCUAGGGCAACGGGGAAUCAAAAAAAGCCUGCCUUGAUUUCUUUUCACGGCACAUUUCUUUAAUCUUGGGCUUCAGCUUGUAGAAACUGUACAUAUAUAUGGUUCUAGCUGAUGAUGGUUUGGUGGUAUUUGACUUGUUUUCUGAGCGCAUCAUCCCCUUCCUCUUCUUGUCUUAACUCUCUUCUAUCUCACGCGAGCAACUCCCCCAGCUUAUCAAGACUCACAUUGCCGCCACUAAACACCACCCCGAGAUCCC